AGCGAACUGCGCUCAACUUUUGCAGGACAGAGGGGGCUCUCUGCAGGGCAGAAAGGACACUUACAUCUGGACUAACUACCAGCCCUGUGUUUUAGGUAACUUUUUUUUUCUUUACAAUAUCCACAACAAAAAUGACAGCAACUAUCGUUUCUCCUUUCUUCGAAUACACCGAAGUGAACAAGAACAAUAAGAUGUUGAACUACAACAACAACACCUUCAGUGGGCCCAACUCCACCUCUGUCCCAGUCUGCACUAGUGCCAACAAUGCCUCAUCCUUGCUGGACAGGAAGGCAGUGGGGGGUGGUGGGCUGUUGCAGCACCGCCACUCGAUCACCAUCCCCAACUCCAAAUUCAACCAGAACCAGUUCAUCAACAGUCUAAAUGUGGACUCCUCCUCGCUCCUGAUUGGUGGUGGCGGUUGCGGCAGUAACAACAAGGAAAACCGCUUCCGGGACCGCUCCUUCUCAGAGACUGGGGAGCGCCUCAAGCCGGGAAGUCAGCUCCAGUGUCUCGGUGGCAUCGGACAGAGCCAGGGCCAGCAGCAGGUCAACUCCAGCCGCUAUAAGACUGAGCUGUGCCGGCCCUUCGAGGAGAACGGCACCUGCAAGUACGGUGACAAGUGCCAGUUUGCCCACGGCAUGCAAGAGCUGCGCAGCCUGAGCCGCCACCCCAAGUACAAGACAGAGUUGUGUCGCACCUUCCACACCAUGGGCUUCUGCCCCUACGGCCCCCGCUGCCACUUCAUCCACAACGCAGAGGAGCGCCGCGGCCCACCGCCACCCCUCUCCACUUUCAACAAGAUGGAGCGCCCCCGCCUCCAGCACAGCUUCAGCUUCGCUGGCUUCCCCAGCCAUGGCAGUCUACAGGACAGCCCCACCUUGGUCACCCCGCCGACAAUCUCCACCGAGGACCUGAGCGAGUGGCCCAGCAACCCCUUCACCUACUCCAGCCAGGAGCUGGCCAACCUGUUCGGGCCCAGCCUAGGUGGGGGCCUCCCUGUCUUGGAGCCUGGUCUGCUGGCCCCAGCAACGCCCUCACCGACCGCCCCCUGCUUCUUCCGGCCAAUGUCGGAGUCUCCCGCCAGUCCCCCGGACUCUCUCUCUGACCUGGAGGGCUACCAGAGCAGUCAGAGCGGCUCUGAGUCCCCCAGCCUGGACGCCUCACGCCGCUUGCCCAUCUUCAGCAGGCUCUCCAUCUCUGAUGAUUAGAGUGUCUACAUCCCCUCCCAGAGAGAGAGAGACUCCCCGUCCGUCCGUCCCGUCCCUCGCCUUGUUUACAACCCAGAAGUGGACAUGGUGGUUCUAUGCAGCAGUAUUGUAGCCACUUAGUCCAAUGAAAAAGCAGAUUGCCUCCUCUCUGCAGAGGAACCUCCGCUCCUCCCCUGCCCUCCUCAUCUCAGAUAAAUCCGAUUAGCCAAUGGACAGAGGUGUCUUUUAUUUUACCCAAAUGGUCAUUCAGCCAAGUGGUCACUGAAGAAUCAUGAUGAGUAGCAGUUAACAUGAGAAUCCUAGUUCAAGACAAGUUGUCCCUGGGUGAAGGGCUACAAUAAUGGUGAACAGUAGAAGAGAUGGAUAAGGACAUGUCAGUGGAAAGCUUCGGUGUGUCGCAUGCCAGGAUUCCCCUGUCGUUUUGGUGUGUAGCAGUUCUGCAUAUCUUCACGUGGCCAUUGCUGCCUGUUCAAACCUCUCAUCCUUUUACGCCUCGAGAGGACUUGUGACAAAUCAGUGCUGCAUUUUACAAAGGGUCACCUUUCUCUUAAAAUUAAACCAGCAACAAUAUUAUUGGACAAUCAGUUCUGAUGAAGUGCCUUGGUGAUGUCUGAUCAAUGUGUACCAAGACAUUUGUGGGACUAUAAUGGUUACUUAUUUUCACUUUUAAUGAUCCCACAUUCUUUCCUGCUCCUCUAUUUUUGAAUUGUGUAAUGUUUGGAUAUGAGGACUGGACAAACACACAGAUGGCUUUUUGUUUAGAAUCAGGGCGGGAAGAAUUAUAAUUUUAUUUUGGUGCUACUAUGUGCUCUCUGGCGCCAUGACGACAACCCCCAAGAAGAAUCUGUGGUGCCCUUAGAAAAUGUCUAUCUGUAGUCAUGUUGGAGAGUCUGUGGUGCCCUUAGAAAAUGUAUAUCUGUAGUCGUUGGAGAAGGUGGGACGAGUAGGACUUCAUAUGUGUCAACUCUGGCCAAUCAAUAUUAAUAUUGAGCUUGGCCUGUCCACCUUUCCCCCAGGCAACCCCCCCUCCCUCCACCACCUAGCUUAAUAGCUGACUGAGAUGACCCCUCAGUCUCCACUGUCAAAAAUCUGAGUGAAACGCUCUUCCAUCAAUUCCACCUUGUUCAACAUUAUUAUUAUGAUUAUAUUAUUGUUUAGUUUGUUUUGAAAACCUUAAUGUUUUUCCUUGUCACUGCUUAUUUAACUUAUCAGAAUGUAUUUAUUGCUGAUCUUAAGGCAUUUUUUGUUGUUGGUGUAUUUAUCUGGAUAAUGAAACAAUAGAAUAUAUUUUCUUUUAUGUUAAAUUAUGAUCUUCCGUAUUGAUUGUGAAGACCUGUUUUUUUUUUUUCUCCCACAGUUAAUAUAUUAUACUGCAAUUACUUUUUUGUUUUGUAACUACACUUUGAUUUAUUUACAAAGUUAAUCUUAAUUUAAACACUUUUUUUUGUUUUUGUAUUUAUUGUUUUUCCUCUUUCCUGAUGUUGGACUGCGGUUUUCAGGUUCUCUUUUCUGUUCUAAUCCUUCUUCCAGUUGUGGAAUGCAGCAGCUCUCCAAGGUCCUCUAGAAUGCAGACUGGGUUGGGUGUCGGUCCUUUUCCUGUUAUUUCACUGUCUUUUGACCAGGACAAACAUACAUUUUAGUAUUUAAGUCACUCUUAGCCUAUAUAACCAGUGUUUUAUGCUGCUAACGACAAAUGGAAACCUCUUGAAUUAGUUAAUUAUGGACGCUCGCGUAUUCCACAAUGCCAUGCACACACAUUAGUACUUUUUUUUAAGUUGCCAAAUAAGGUGAUGUUGUGUUAGGUUGUUUUGGUCGUUGUUGUUGGACCAGUCAUUCCCAUGAAGUGCCUAUAAAUUAAUUCCAGGUAUCCCCAAGCAUUGUGCCUUUAUCACAUGUUGUAGAACACAGAGCAGGUUUAAGCCUAAACCUGUUCUUGUAGUGGAAUAAAAGUUAACAGGAUUGACAUAAAUCAACAGUUGAAUGUAUUCUCUUUUUAGCAGCUGUUGCUUCUUUGUUCUCAUGUAUUCCUUUUGUAAUGACAGAUUGCAGUUUAAACUUUAAACCAAUAAAACCCAUAUUUCUAUUAAA